UGGAGACGUCCAUUCACUCACAGCCUUUAACCAUGGGUCCUGCCUGCUUGUCCUGGGACGUCUGUUUGCUUUUCCUCCUUAUAAACACUUUAGAUGUCACGGGAAAUGUUGGAGUCGCAGAUGCUGAUGAGUGCUCCGAAUCCACAGACGACUGUCACAUCGACGCUCUCUGCCAGAACACUCCAAAGUCCUUCAAGUGCAUCUGCAAGACUGGUUACAGGGGAGAUGGCAAGCACUGCGAAGAUAUGGACGAGUGUGAAAAUGACUACAAUGGUGGAUGUGUUCAUGACUGCAUCAACAUCCCUGGGAACUACAGGUGCACAUGCUAUGACGGAUUCAUGCUGGCAGAUGACGGGCACAACUGUCUUGAUGUGGAUGAAUGUCUGGACAACAACGGCGGCUGUCAGCAGAUAUGUGUGAACACCAUGGGCAGUUACGAGUGCCAGUGCAAAGAUGGGUUCUUUCUGAGUGACAACCAGCACACCUGUAUCCACCGAUCGGAUGAUGGGAUGAACUGUAUGAAUAAGCACCAUGGCUGUGCCCAUAUCUGCAGAGAGACUCCCAAAGGUGGUGUGGCGUGUGAGUGCCGCCCAGGAUUUGAGCUAGCCGAAAAUCAGCAUGACUGCAAAUUGACAUGUAACUAUGGAAACGGUGGUUGCCAACACACAUGCGAUGACACCGACGUGGGGCCCGUAUGUGGAUGCCAUCAGAAAUAUGCCCUGCAUUCGGACAGCAAGACCUGCAUUGAGACCUGUGCGGUGAACAACGGCGGUUGCGAUCGCACCUGCAAGGACACGGCCACCGGGGUGCGCUGCAGUUGUCCGGUGGGCUUCACCCUUCAACCCGACGGCAAGACCUGCAAAGACAUCGAUGAAUGUUUGGAGAAUAAUGGAGGAUGUGAUCAUUUCUGCCGGAACACGGUGGGCAGUUUUGAGUGCAGCUGUCAGAAAGGACACAAACUCCUGACUAACGAACGCACCUGUCAAGCCAACCCUCUCCACUCACACACACAUAUAUCAUACACAUGCACUACAAAACAUUACUCGGGUGCAUGCAGCACCUGGACCUGGAACAUCUGUUUAAACGUUUUUUUUUUCUAUGUGCGUGUGUGUGAUUUAGACUCUGAGAACAGUUACACUCUGAGCUGCGGUGUACCUGUCCAGGCAGGUAAAGUUCCAGUGAAGAGGAACAUCACUACUUCCAGCAGUAGCUCCAUGCAAACCUGCACAGAGACGCUGGCCCAGCCUGUGAAGCAGAAAGCACGGUUUAAGAUCAAAGAUGCCAAGUGCCACCUGAGACCCCGCAAUAAGGAGAAACACAGGGAAAUGGGAAAACAGGGCCUUCAGGCUGGUCAGUUCCCCUGCACAGACGACUGUCAGGUGACAUUUGUGAAUCUGAAGUGCGACUCUUCCAAAAAGCGCCGUCGUGGCCGCAAGUCUCCAUCCAAGGAAGUCUCCCACAUCACAGCGGAGUUUGAGAUGGAAAUGAAAGAAGAGGAAGCCUCAGAAUCAUGUAACGUGGACUGUGUGCGUGAGAAGACCAAACUGAGGCUGCAGAACGCCAUGCGCACACUAAGGAAGUCCAUCAGUAAGCAGCAGUUCUACAUUCAGUUCUCCGGCACGGCGUACGAGGUGGCCCAGCGUGCCGUGCGACAGACAGAUGGAGAUGAGGCCUGCAGUAUAGGACAAGUCCUCACCGACGGGAAGUGUGUCAGCUGCGGUGUGGGAACGUUCUACAGCGGAGAACAGGAACAGUGCAUGAUAUGUCCGCCAGGAACCUAUCAGGACAGAGAGGGCCAGCUGUCCUGCGAGCCCUGCCCCAGCACCGAGGGACAGGGCAUCGCAGGGGCCAAGAACGUCUCCGAAUGUGGAGGCCAGUGUCCUGCCGGUCAGUUCUCUGCUGAUGGUUUCCAUCCGUGUCAGCCUUGCCCGCUGGGAACCUUCCAGCCUGAGCCGGGCCGUGUGUUGUGUUUCCCUUGUGGAGGAGGACUCAUGACUAAACACACGGGCAGCACAUCCUUUAGAGACUGUGAAGCCAAAGUUCACUGUGCUCUCGGGCAUUAUUAUAAUGCCACCACACACCGGUGCAUCCGUUGUCCGGGUGGUACCUACCAGUCUGAGUCCGGACAGAACUACUGCAUCACCUGCCCUGGAAACACCACUACAGAUUUUGACGGCGCUAACAAUGUAUCUCACUGCAAAAAUCAGCUAUGUGGUGGUGAGCUGGGAGAUUUCAUGGGCUACAUCGAAUCUCCCAACUAUCCUGGCGACUAUCCAUCUAAUGUGAACUGCGUCUGGACCAUUAACCCUCCGAACAAGAGGCGCAUCCUUAUUGUUGUACCAGAGAUCUUCCUUCCAAUUGAGGACGAGUGUGGGGAUGUUCUUGUCAUGAGGAAGAGUGCCCAGCCUACUUCCAUUACAACUUAUGAGACAUGCCAAACUUAUGAGCGACCAAUCGCCUUCACCUCCCGUUCACGCAAGCUGUGGAUCCAGUUCAUAUCUAAUGAGGGAAACAGUGGAAAGGGAUUUCAGGUUCCAUAUGUCACUUACGAUGAAGACUACCAGCAACUCAUAGAGGACAUUGUUCGAGACGGUCGACUUUAUGCCUCAGAAAACCACCAGGAGAUAUUAAAAGAUAAGAAGCUGAUUAAAGCUCUGUUUGACGUGCUGGCUCACCCUCAUAACUACUUUAAAUACACCGUGCAGGAAUCAAAGGAGAUGUUCCCACGAUCCUUUAUCAAACUGCUACGCUCCAAAGUGUCCAGGUUUCUACGGCCGUAUAAAUAGAAACCCUGAACAUUUCUUCCACGACCUCGGCUCUAUCCCCAUCUCUCUUCCUCUCUUUUCUCCACUAGCUCCCAGAAGGCCUCACUACUGCAAGAAGAUAAAGACGUUUGGCCUUCUUCCUGUCUGAGAUUUGUCCAUUUGUCCCUUUUUGUCUUUGUUUGUUUUUUUUGUUUGCUAAUAUUUAUGUGCUUGAUUUUGCAAAAGCCCCCUUUGGAUGUUUGAUAUCUACAGUAUAUAUUUGUAUAUGGAUGUAUGUAUAUAUGUGUGUGUGCGCGUACAAAAAAUUAUGUGCAAACUUAUGGCAUAUUAGGACACAUACAGACACAAACAGAUAUAUAUUCUUGUUUUGAAAAAGUUAUUUUCAUGCCCCUAAUGUGCACAAGGGGUUUCAAUAUCCUAGUGCACUUAAAGUUUUCUUUUCAAACUGUAUGAGAAAGGAAUCGCUUUCUGCUCUGACCACAACAUAAAAGACAAAGGCAGACAAAUUAAAGAAAAAAAAAAACAAGAUAAAAGGCAAAGACUACCUGUCGGUACGAGAGUUAGAGUUACGUGUACGUUGUUUAACUAGUAUUUGGAGCUUCAAUUGCACUUGAAUUUUAUAUUGUAGAGAAUAAGGAAUCUAAGUUACUUUUUCCUUUAAUGUUUUUGUUGUAUAGAGAUGUUUUACUUUGGGUGUAGAAACAUGAAAUGUCCAAACUUCCCCUCUACAGGAUACAGAAAGAUAUUCUCACCUAUCCCUCACAACAGAAACAGAUUUCAUAAUAAUCCUCUCAUAAUAAGGUUUUUUGCAGUUUAAUAUAAAAAAGUGUUGAAGUACCAUAAUGUUUCACUGGGUUUGCUUAUGAUGUUGCUUAUAUCAUGUGUUUUAAUUUCACAUGAUGCAAUGGGUUUGUCAUUAAUCUGGUUGUUAUUGUGCAUGGAACAUUUAGAGAAAUUGUAAAUAUGGUGAUUUUUGGCAAGUCAGAUUUUUAUUUGAGCUGGUUGUGUCAUAAACUCAUGGAAAUGGAUGCGUUUUGAUUCAGAACAACAAAAAAUCCCAUUUGGAUUAAGAGUCUUAUGGUCUUUUACAUAGUUAUAACACGUAUAUUACAUAAUAACAUAUCACCUUUGUGCUGUGCACAAAGAGACAUAUUUUGCUCUUCUUGUUGAACUGUGGAUGAAAGUCAGAGGCUGUUUGUUAAACAGAUGACAUACCUGAAGUAUGUGAAUGAUGACUGGCAAAAAAGAAAAAAAACAGAUCAGAUCAUUUCCCCUCACAAAUCAGCAGAAUGCGCUUGUAGGAAGACAAAAAAAAUGAUAGAGUGAGUGUCUAUAUGUAGUUUGGGUACAAUUUUAUUAAAUAUAAUUUGCCCAUUUUGUGUAAACUGAUUUGGUGAUCUUUUUGCA